CAACUUCUCGUCAACAAAAUUCACGAAAAAUGGCAGACAAAGAACAGAGGGUGGAGGAAUUUCAGCUAGAGAAAGAAUCAGAGCUGAGGUUUGAAGUUGAAUCGGGAUCAACAGUUCAUCUUGAGUUAGUCAAUGGAAAGGCAGAGAUAUUUGGAAGUGAGCUGACAUCAGGACGGAAGUAUUCAUUCAGUGCCGGCUCUAAAGUUGCGGUGUUUUCAUGGCAUAGCUGCCAGAUUAAACUGACUGGCCGGACAGAGGUGGCUUAUAUUUCUAAGGAGACGCCAAUGGUGGUCUAUCUAAACACACACGUAGCGCUGGAACAGAUGAGAGAGAAAUCAGAGAAGGAGGAGACAAGAGGACCGAGGCUUUUGAUAGUUGGACCUUCCGAUGUAGGUAAAAGUACCUUGUGCAAUAUGUUGAUGAACUAUGGUGUCAGAAUGGGCAGAGCUCCAAUGUUAGUUGACCUGGAUGUAGGACAGGGUCAGAUUUCAAUACCAGGCACCAUGGGAGCCUACGUUGUUGAAAGGCCUGCAGAUAUAGAGGAGGGUUUUACCCAGAGUGCUCCACUUGUUUUCCAUUUUGGUCACACAACACCAUCCAAAAAUCUCACAUUGUAUAACUUGUUAGUUUCUCGGAUAGCAGAUGUAGUGAACAUGAAGUGUGAUGAAUUCAAAAAAGUGAAUCACAGUGGAGUUAUUGUAAACACAGGAGGUUGGGUAAGAGGAUCAGGGUAUGACUCACUGAAACAUGCUGCAGGAUCUUUUGAAGUUGAUGUGAUAGCUGUGAUGGACCAAGAAAGGCUUUACAGUGAACUAAAGAGAGAUAUGCCAGACUUUGUUAAAAUCAUUCUACUGCCAAAAUCUGGAGGUGUUGUAGAAAGAAACCAGACAGCUAGAUCAGAAGCCAGGGAUGCCAAAGUUAGAGAAUAUUUCUAUGGAACUAAAAAUUCACUGUUUCCUCACACAUUUGAGGUUAAAUGUACUGAUAUAAAGAUAUAUAAAAUUGGAGCUCCAUCCUUGCCUGACUCCUGUCUGCCACUAGGAAUGAAAGCACAAGACAAUAAGACAAAACUUGUUCCUUUAACACCAGGUACCAGUCUAUUACACCAUGUGUACAGUAUAAGUUGUGCUGAUUCUACUGAUGAUAAUGUUUUAGAAACCAACAUUAUUGGAUUUGUUGUUUUCACAGAGUUCCACCAAGAAAAACUAUCAUUUACAGUUUUAUCACCAGCGCCUCACCCUUUACCAAAACAUAUAUUGUUACAGACAGAUAUUCAAUUCAUGGAUAUACAAUAGAACUUUCUCUGCAAAUAGUGUUUUUAAUUUUAUGAGUUAAUACAGGAAGCCAAUAUAGAAAAUGGUGAUCAGUAAAUGUCCUCAUUUUCUAUAAGGAGUACUCAAUACUUGAAAAUAUUGACAGUUUGACCUGUAGCAUAGAAAAUGGAUCAGAUCUCCAAACAGCAAGAUCAGUUCUGUGAAAAGUGAGGUCAUAUCUCUGUAGAGUGAGGUCAGAGAGAAGCUGUGCAGUAAGCAGCGUGGGAGUCUUCGCAGAAAACAUGGCUUCAUGUACAUGCUUAUGGUCUGUUGAAGAUUAAACAAAACAAUUUGCAGUGACCUGACAGUAUAGAAUGAAAUUAAAACAUGAGAAAAGAUAUUCUAUCAAAUGCAAGAAGUUGUAUGAACAAGUGACUGGAUAUUGAAUUUAGUGGAGUGUUAACAUACUAUACUAGAGAAAGGAAUUCAGUACAUCUGCACUAAAUAAAGAGAAGGUCUCAUGGUUGAAAAGUUCGAAAGUGAGAAACUGAUGACUGUUUUUAUGCCCCCGAAGGGAGGCAUAUAGUUUUUGAACCGUCUGUCGGUCUGUCAGUCUGUCCGCAAUUUUUGUGUCCGGUCCAUAUCUUUGUCAUCGAUGGAUGGAUUUUCAAAUAACUUGGCAUGAAUGUGUACCACAGUAAGACGACGUGUCGCGUGCAAGACCCAGGUCCGUAGCUCAAAGAUCAAGGUCACACUUAGACAUUAAAGGAUAGUGCAUUGAUGGGCGUGUCCGGUCCAUAUCUUUGUCAUCGAUGGAUGGAUUUUCAAAUAACUUGGCAUGAAUGUGUACCACAGUAAGACGACGUGUCGCGCGCAAGACCCAGGUCCGUAGCACAAAGGUCAAGGUCACACUUAGACCUUAAAUGAUAGUGCAUUGAUGGGCGUGUCCGGUCCAUAUCUUUGUCAUCGAUGGAUGGAUUUUCAAAUAACUUAGCAUGAAUGUGUACCACAGUAAGACGAUGUGUCGCGCGCAAGACCCAGGUCCGUAGCUCAAAGGUCAAGGUCACAGUUAGACGUUAAAGGAUAGUGCAUUGAUGGGCAUGUCCGGUCCAUAUCUUUGUCAUCCAUGGAUGGAUUUUCAAAUAACUUGGCAUAAAUGUGUACCACAGUAAGACGACGUGUCAUACGCAAGACCCAGGUCCAUAGCUCAAAGGUCAAGGUCACACUUAGACGUUAAAGGUCAUUUUUCAUGAUAGUGCAUUGAUGGGCGUGUCCGGUCCAUAUCUUUGUCAUUCAUGCAUGGAUUUUAAAAUAACUACGUAUGAAUGUGUGACACAGUAAGACGACGUGUCGCUAUCAAGACCCAGCUCCGUAGCUCGAAGGUCCUAAACUCUAACAUCGGCCAUAACUAUUCAUUCAAAUUGCCAUAGGGGGCAUGUGUCAUCCUAUGGAGACAGCUCUUGUUUCUUUUUGAAUAGCAUUGUUGUUAUAUAAUUGUAGAGCAUUAAUUGGCAGUUAUGUGGAAUGAAGUGAGGAAUUAAAAUAUGUGUAAAUUUAAAAAAGCAAACUAUUCUAUGAAAUAUGGUUAAGUUAUGAUGACCAUUUAAUAUUGUAUUUUCAGCAAUCCUUUUUCAUGUACAUUCAUUGGGUUUUUUUAACUUUAAAAACUGUUUUGAUUGACUGCAUGGGUUUAACUUCGGAUGUUAUCAUAAAAUGAAUGCAAGAAAAUGUCGUUUUUUAUGAUUAAAAUAUUUUAAAUA